AUGCAUUCCAGUAACCCUAAAGUGAGGAACUCUCCGUCAGGAAACACACAGAGUAGCCCUAAGUCAAAGCAGGAGGUGAUGGUCCGUCCCCCUACAGUGAUGUCCCCAUCUGGAAACCCCCAGCUGGAUUCCAAAUUCUCCAAUCAGGGUAAACAGGGGGGCUCAGCCAGCCAAUCCCAGCCAUCCCCCUGUGACUCCAAGAGUGGGGGCCAUACCCCUAAAGCACUCCCUGGCCCAGGUGGGAGCAUGGGGCUGAAGAAUGGGGCUGGAAAUGGUGCCAAGGGCAAGGGGAAAAGGGAGCGAAGUAUUUCCGCCGACUCCUUUGAUCAGAGAGAUCCUGGGACUCCAAACGAUGACUCUGACAUGAAAGAAUGUAAUUCUGCCGACCACAUAAAGUCCCAGGAUUCCCAACACACACCACACUCAAUGACCCCAUCAAAUGCUACAGUCCCCAGGUCUUCCACCCCCUCCCAUGGCCAGACUACUGCCCCAGAGCCCACACCUGCUCAGAAGACUCCUGCCAAAGUGGUGUAUGUGUUUUCUACUGAGAUGGCUAAUAAGGCUGCAGAAGCUGUGUUAAAGGGCCAGGUUGAAACUAUCGUCUCUUUCCACAUCCAGAACAUCUCUAACAGCAAGACAGAGAGAAGCACAGCCCCUCUGAACACACAGAUAUCUGCCCUUCGAAAUGAUCCGAAACCUCUCCCACAACAGCCCCCAGCUCCAGCCAACCAGGACCAGAAUUCUUCCCAGAACACCAGGCUGCAGCCAACUCCCCCCAUUCCGGCACCAGCACCCAAGUCUGCCGCCCCCCCACGUCCCCUGGACCGAGACAGUCCUGGGGUAGAAAACAAACUGAUCCCUUCUGUCGGCAGCCCUGCCGGCUCCACUCCACUGCCCCCAGACAGUACCGGGCCAAACUCAACGCCCAACAAUCGAGCCGUGACCCCUGCUUCCCAGGGGAGCAAUAGCUCUUCAGCAGAUCCCAAAGCCCCCCCGCCUCCACCAGUGUCCAGUGGCGAGCCCCCCACACUGGGGGAGAACCCUGAUGGACUCUCUCAGGAGCAGCUGGAGCACCGGGAGCGCUCCUUACAAACGCUCAGAGAUAUCCAGCGAAUGCUUUUCCCCGAUGAGAAGGAAUUCCCAGGAGGACAGAGUGGGGGACCCCAGCAGAACACUGGGGUAUUAGAUGGACCUCAGAAAAAACCAGAAGGGCCUAUACAGGCCAUGAUGGUUCAAUCCCAAAGCCUAGGUAAGGGACCUGGGCCCCGGACAGACGUGGGGGCUCCGUUUGGCCCUCAAGGACACAGAGAUGUGCCCUUUUCUCCAGAUGAAAUGGUUCCACCCUCCAUGAACUCCCAGUCUGGGCCCAUUGGACCCGACCACCUGGAUCACAUGACCCCUGAGCAGAUAGCAUGGCUGAAACUGCAGCAGGAGUUCUACGAAGAGAAGAGGAGGAAGCAGGAGCAGGUGGCCGUGCAGCAGUGCUCCCUCCAGGACAUGAUGGUCCAUCAGCACGGGCCGCGGGCGGUGGUCCGCGGGCCGCCCCCUCCGUACCAGAUGGCCCCUGGCGAGGCCUGGGGGCCUGGGGGCGCAGAGCCCUUUGCCGACGGGAUCAACAUGCCACAUUCUCUGCCCCCGAGAGCCAUGGCUCCCCACCCCAACAUGCCAGGGAGCCAAAUGCGCCUCCCUGGAUUUGCGGGAAUGAUGAAUUCUGAGAUGGAGGGGCCCAAUGUCCCCAACCCGGCAUCGCGACCAGGUCUUUCUGCAGUCAGCUGGCCAGACGAUGUGCCAAAAAUCCCAGAUGGUCGAAACUUCCCGCCUGGCCAGGGCGUCUUCAGUGGUCCUGGCCGAGGGGAGCGCUUCCCAAACCCCCAAGGAUUGUCUGAAGAGAUGUUUCAACAACAGCUGGCAGAGAAGCAGCUGGGACUGCCCCCGGGGAUGAGCGUGGAAGGCAUCAGGCCCGGAAUGGAGAUGAACAGGAUGAUCCCAGGCUCCCAGCGCCACGUGGAGCCAGGGAAUAACCCCAUCUUCCCGCGAAUACCAGUGGAGGGCCCACUGAGCCCUUCCAGGGGUGACUUUCCCAAAGGAAUGCCCCCGCAGCUGGGCCCAGGCCGGGAACUUGAGUUUGGGAUGGUUCCCAGUGGGAUGAAGGGAGAUGUCAGUCUAAAUGUCAGCAUGGGAUCCAACUCUCAGAUGAUACCUCAGAAGAUGAGAGAGGCUGGGGCGGGGCCCGAGGAAAUGCUGAAGCUCCGUGCGGCUGGCGCAGACAUGCUGCCUGCUCAGCAGAAGAUGGUGCCCCUGCCGUUCGGCGAGCACCCGCAGCAAGAGUAUGGCAUGGGCCCCAGGCCGUUCCUCCCCAUGUCUCAGGGUCCAGGCAGCAACAGUGGCUUGCGGAAUCUCAGAGAACCCAUGGGGCCCGACCAAAGGACUAACAGCCGGCUCAGUCAUAUGCCACCACUACCUCUCAACCCUUCCAAUAACCCCACUAGCCUCAACACAGCUCCUCCCGUUCAGCGCGGCCUGGGGCGGAAGCCCGUGGAGAUAUCUGUGGCAGGCAGCCAGGUGCAUUCCCCAGGCAUCAACCCUCUGAAAUCCCCCACGAUGCGCCAAGUCCAGUCACCAAUGCUGGGCUCACCCUCGGGGAACCUCAAGUCCCCCCAGACUCCAUCGCAGCUGGCAGGCAUGCUGGCGGGCCCAGCUGCCGCUGCUUCCAUUAAGUCCCCGCCCGUCUUGGGGUCUGCUGCUGCUUCGCCUGUUCACCUCAAGUCUCCAUCACUUCCCGCCCCAUCACCUGGAUGGACCUCGUCUCCAAAACCUCCCCUUCAGAGUCCUGGGAUCCCUCCAAACCACAAAGCACCCCUCACCAUGGCCUCCCCUGCCAUGCUGGCAAGUGUAGAGUCAGGUGGCCCCCCACCUCCUACAGCCAGCCAGUCUGCCUCUGUGAGUAUCCCGGGAAGUCUUCCCUCUAGUACACCUUACACCAUGCCUCCAGAGCCGACCCUUUCCCAGAACCCACUGUCUAUUAUGAUGUCUCGAAUGUCCAAGUUUGCAAUGCCCAGUUCUACCCCGUUAUACCACGACGCCAUCAAGACUGUGGCCAGCUCAGAUGAUGACUCCCCUCCAGCUCGUUCUCCCAACUUGCCAUCAAUGAAUAAUAUGCCAGGAAUGGGCAUUAAUACACAGAAUCCUCGAAUUUCAGGUCCAAACCCCGUGGUUCCAAUGCCAACCCUCAGCCCAAUGGGAAUGACCCAGCCACUUUCUCACUCCAAUCAGAUGCCCUCUCCGAACGCCAUGGGACCCAACAUACCUCCUCAUGGAGUCCCAAUGGGGCCUGGUUUGAUGUCACACAAUCCUAUCAUGGGGCAUGGGUCCCAGGAGCCUCCAAUGGUACCUCAAGGACGCAUGGGUUUUCCCCAGGGUUUCCCUCCAGUUCAGUCUCCUCCACAGCAGGUUCCGUUUCCUCACAAUGGCCCCAGUGGGGGGCAGGGCAACUUCCCAGGAGGGAUGGGCUUCCCAGGAGAAGGGCCUCUUGGCCGCCCCAGCAACCUGCCCCAAAGUUCAGCAGAUGCAGCACUUUGCAAGCCUGGAGGCCCGGGAGGUCCUGACUCCUUCGCUGUCCUGGGAAACAGCAUGCCUUCAGUGUUUACAGACCCAGAUCUACAGGAGGUCAUCCGACCUGGAGCCACCGGAAUACCUGAGUUUGACCUGUCUCGCAUUAUCCCAUCUGAGAAGCCUAGCCAGACACUGCAAUAUUUCCCUCGAGGGGAAGUCCCAGGCCGUAAACAGCCCCAGGGUCCUGGACCUGGGUUUUCGCACAUGCAGGGGAUGAUGGGCGAACAAGCCCCCAGAAUGGGACUAGCAUUACCUGGCAUGGGAGGUCCGGGGCCCGUGGGAACUCCAGACAUCCCUCUUGGGACAGCUCCGUCCAUGCCAGGCCACAACCCUAUGAGACCACCAGCCUUUCUCCAGCAAGGCAUGAUGGGACCUCACCAUCGGAUGAUGUCACCAGCACAAUCUACAAUGCCCGGCCAGCCCACCCUGAUGAGCAAUCCCGCUGCUGCCGUGGGCAUGAUUCCUGGCAAGGAUCGGGGGCCUGCCGGGCUCUACACUCACCCUGGGCCUGUGGGCUCUCCAGGCAUGAUGAUGUCCAUGCAGGGCAUGAUGGGACCCCAACAGAACAUCAUGAUCCCCCCACAGAUGAGGCCCCGGGGCAUGGCCGCUGACGUGGGCAUGGGUGGAUUCAGCCAAGGACCUGGCAACCCAGGAAACAUGAUGUUUUAA